UUUUAAAAAGUGGGAGGGGGGCUGCCCGUCGAGAAGGAACCCCAGACCAAGGAGCCCAGUAUGUGGUCCUCUUGCUUCACCUGGAGUGUUUCCUUCUCGAGUAUAAUUAGCCUCUUGAAAUCUUUAUUUAUUUACUUUUUUCAAGGUAGGGGAGGAAGAGGUUGAGGUUUCUUGCUAUUUAAAGAUUUUUGUUUGAAUGAAAUUAAUGAAGCUGUCCCUCAGGUGAAGUUUUAUGAAGAGAUAAAAGAGUACGAAAAGCUUGAGAAUGAGGAAGAUCGCCUUGGUAGAAGUCGACAGAUUUAUGACACCUACAUCAUGAAGGAGCUGCUGUCCUGUUCACAUCCAUUCUCAAGGCAAGCUGUAGAACACGUGCAAAGUCAUCUAUCCAAGAAGCAAGUGACAUCAACUCUUUUUCAGCCAUACAUAGAAGAAAUUUGUGACAGUCUUCGAGGCAACAUUUUUCAAAAAUUUAUGGAAAGUGACAAGUUCACUAGAUUUUGUCAGUGGAAAAACGUAGAAUUAAAUAUCCAUUUGACCAUGAAUGAUUUCAGCGUCCAUAGGAUCAUCGGACGAGGAGGAUUUGGUGAAGUGUAUGGCUGCAGGAAAGCAGACACUGGAAAAAUGUAUGCUAUGAAAUGCUUAGAUAAGAAGAGGAUCAAGAUGAAACAAGGAGAAACAUUAGCCUUAAAUGAAAGGAUUAUGUUGUCUCUCGUGAGUACAGGAGAUUGUCCUUUCAUCGUCUGUAUGACCUACGCCUUCCACACUCCGGAUAAACUCUGCUUCAUCCUGGAUCUGAUGAACGGGGGCGAUUUGCACUAUCACCUUUCACAGCACGGGGUCUUUUCUGAGAAGGAGAUGCGGUUCUAUGCCACGGAGAUCAUCCUGGGGCUGGAGCACAUGCACAACCGGUUUGUCGUCUACAGGGAUCUGAAGCCCGCAAACAUCCUCUUGGACGAACACGGACACGUGCGGAUAUCAGAUCUCGGCCUGGCCUGUGAUUUUUCCAAAAAGAAGCCACACGCCAGCGUUGGCACCCAUGGGUACAUGGCUCCCGAGGUGCUCCAGAAGGGGACGGCGUAUGACAGCAGUGCCGACUGGUUCUCCCUGGGUUGCAUGCUGUUCAAACUUCUGAGAGGUCACAGCCCUUUCAGACAACAUAAAACCAAAGAUAAGCACGAGAUAGACCGAAUGACGCUGACCGUGAAUGUGGAACUUCCAGACACUUUCUCCCCUGAGCUGAAGUCCCUCCUGCAGGGCCUGCUCCAGCGAGACGUCAGUAAGCGGCUCGGCUGUCACGGCGGCGGCGCACUGGAGGUGAAAGGGCACAGCUUUUUCAAGGGCGUUGACUGGCAGCAUGUCUACCUGCAGAAGUAUCCUCCACCCCUGAUCCCUCCCCGGGGCGAAGUCAAUGCUGCCGACGCCUUUGACAUUGGUUCGUUUGAUGAAGAGGAUACCAAAGGCGUCAAGCUUCUUGACUGCGACCAAGAGCUCUACAAGAAUUUCCCCUUGGUGAUCUCUGAGCGCUGGCAGCAGGAAAUUGCCGAAACCGUUUACGAAGCAGUAAACGCCGACACGGAUAAACUCGAGGCCAGGAAGAGAGCUAAAAAUAAGCAGCUCGGCCACGAAGAAGAUUACGCGCUGGGAAGAGACUGCAUCAUGCACGGGUACAUGCUGAAGCUGGGGAACCCGUUUCUGACUCAGUGGCAGCGGCGAUAUUUUUACCUCUUUCCAAACCGACUGGAAUGGAGAGGCGAGGGGGAGUCCCGACAAAAUUUACUGACAAUGGAACAGAUUCUGUCUGUGGAAGAAACUCAGAUUAAAGAUAAAAAGUGCAUUUUGUUGCGGAUAAAAGGAGGGAAGCAAUUUGUCAUGCAAUGUGAGAGUGACCCCGAGUUUGUGCAGUGGAAGAAGGAGCUCACCGAGACCUUCACGGAGGCCCAGCGGCUCCUGCGGCGCGCCCCCAAGUUCCUCAACAAACCUCGAGCUGGGCUGCUCGAGCUCGCCAAGCCGCCCCUCUGCCACAGGAACAGCAAUGGCCUCUGACCUCAGGGCGGGGAGGGCUCUGGGGACCACGUGCCUGGAGGAAGUCCACCCCGGCUGCUGCCAGCCCUGGAAAUGGGCCCUUUGGAGAAGCGUGAGGAGUCGAGGCUGGGGUCCCUCAUCUCCGGGUUUCUUCCACCGUUGGGAAGACCCAGGACCCCGAGAUGCUCCCAACAGGAGCCGUGAGCACGCUCAGGCUCGGAGUCGGCCCACCUCCCCUCCUGCGUCCUCCUGACGCCACCGCAUCUGUCCGCACUCGAAACUACUGAGGACACGAAAGCUCUUUUUCUUUGCUACACACAUAUUUUGGUAUAUACGAACCUAGAACUCCAGACGAUUCCUGCUUGUCACUUCAAUUUAUAUGGCCGAUGUCAAAUGUAUCUUAGACUUGCCCAGAUGGCAUUUGCCUGUCUGCAGUGUUCAGUAAUGGACUGCCCCAGUGUUGUCAUAUUUUGUCUAUAAACAGCCACUGCUGACUCUCUCUGUCUCUGUUCCAUGCUGCUGAGGGAGGGGGAGAUCGACCGUGUGUUUCUUCUGUGCCUCCGAGAACUGACUUCUUCUUGUCCUGUGGUUGAAAGCUGAAGAUGUUUUCUAAAGAGGUUGCGCUGGGGCCACACAGGUAGCGGCCCGCCUCUGCCAGGGCCCAGGGCCUGGGGACCUCGGGGCGCAUGGAGCCACUCGUCACUGAAGGCGUCCAGCGGUGGAUCCUCAGAGAGGUGGACGGUGAUUCUGAAGGAGACGCGGUAGAGGUCUUGCCUUUAGGGCAAUAGCGAUUUUUGAGAAUGUUCGAGUAAACCAGCAGCACUUUCAUGGGUCCGGGUGUGUGUGAACGCUUGUGGGUGAGUCUCUCGGGUUUCACCAAUAAGCAGUCGUGUGACGCGGUAAUUCUGGUCCCUUCUGCCUGCCCUCAGGAAAUAUAGGAGUGAUGGAUGUGUAAAGGAAGGAAAGAAUUGCUCUGUUUGCCAUUUUAGUGUAAUUUAAAGUGAGUUUUAUUGAAAAAAAGAAUGCCGAAGAAUGAAUGUGUCAACAAGGGUUAACUGUGUCUAUUGACUCUUGUGUUGUCCUGGGUCUGUCCGUAGGGAAUGACACUUUGCACCGGUGGGUUCUGUGACAGGACCCCAUCUGAGCGUAGAGGCCAUCUGCCCAUGCCACCGGCUCCUUGCCGUGCCCUGCUCGUGUCCCAGUAAAGUGCUGGGUUAGAAGAACCAGAGUGCUUCCCCACGACGUCCCCCAUGUCCUCAGACUAAAAAUGAUAACAGUAAUUUUAAGAGUCCACAUGUUUGUCCUGUUCUUAGUGUGAUUUUGUUGUAUGUUUCUAAGUGAACCACUAACAGUGUACAUGACUUGACAUUGUGAUUAUCUGCUCCCCGUCCUCGAUAUUUUCAGUCGUCCCAAAUCUUUGUUUGGACAUUCGUGCGCCAUGUUCACUGAGAAAAUAAGUACUUUCUAGUGAAAUUCUAUUUUGAAAGUUUGGAAGAUAAUUGCUGAUAGAGUCUUUUAUUUCAUAGGAGUUACUUUGGAAAAGAAACUCUGAGGGUCACUGUCCGUCUCAACUACUAGUCAGAGUCUAAAUUAAAAUACGUGUUCUGCCAUCUGCUGUGUGAACAUAGGGGAGGCGUGCUAUUUACGCGGGUUCCCCCAAUUUGAAAGGGAAGACUAGCAUUCAAAUUCUGUUUAAAGCCAAAGCAAAAAACCGCCAGAGACAGCAAAGCAAUUGUUCUUUAUAAAGAGGGCGCGUCCUCCCAGGCGUGGCUGAUGACGGCUGUCACCGCGUGGUCACCGGCUCCAUUGCCAGCGCCCGCGUGCUCAGCACUCAGGUUGAGGAGUCGCUGUGCCCCAGGCCUCUGCUGGACAGGGUGACGGGCGCGUGGGGAGGGCACGGGGCCUCCUUCAGGGUCAGCGUCGCCCAUGUCACACCUAGGGCGAUAGCUACUCCAGUUUGCAUCUCUGAAAAAUAUGAUAUUUGCUCUGGAGUAAAAUAUAAGGUUCAUCUCUCUUUUAGAAAAGAAAGAUGAACUGGAAGAUAUCCUGAGAGUCCUUUAGCCUCAGACUUAUUCCUGUAAACUUGUAUGCCCCCCUCACGUUCGAUGUGUAAUGACCUGGCUGAGAAGUUCGUUACAGGGAUGCAGUUGACCACAAGAGCUGCGGGGGAUGCGGCUGGGCGGCCUGUGGGGCGUCUCGGCUGUGCUGGGUCUGGUUGGCCGUCCUGGCCAGGCAAGUCUUCCGCCCGAACUGGUGCCUGCAGCCGUUCUGAUGGGGUCCGUGUUUCUGCUGCCGGAGGCAAGACCCUUCCGGGACCCCUCCGUGCCUGCGCCUGGUGCCCAGGCGGUCACAGGAGGUGGUUGGUUUGCAAGUCUUGGUAGAUGUGGCUGUUCUUGGUUUUCUAUGUGACCCUUCCUGUGUUUGACCAUUAAAAAGGACAAAAUUCAGCACAGUCUUCUUAUUAUUUUAGAUUUAUCUGGGCGGGAUAUUUUAAUAUUGUCAAAGAAGAUAAGCGAAGUUGAUAUUAUUUUUAUAAAACUGUGUUAUAAGUCUUGAUCUCAUAAUUCAAAGGAAAUGAAUAAAGCAAAACCUAGAAAUAAUAGAUUACUUUAAGCUGCUAUACAACGUGUAUGGAAUAAAUUAAAAACUUUUGUGAAUCCAAGGUUAUUUUUUUUAACCUAAAGCAUUCUCUUUGGUGCAUUUAUUCCCCUUGUGUUAUUGGGGUUCCUGGGUUUUCUUUCUAUAUCAUGUUGAAGUGUGAUUUUUCAGCAAGACUUCUAGAAAUUAGCAUUGUUUCACUGCUGAUGCAGAUGUUCUGCUGUGACGUGUCUCUGAUUGGUCGACUCACUGUUGUUAUCGUCUCAAAUUCUGUAUCUGCAAAGAAGGGGCCAAACGCUGAGUCCUGUUGGGGGAAGGAAGCAUUCUGCUCAAGAAAGAGAGCGACCCAACUGGAAACAAGGGCAGCAACAGCAAUGAUCUAUUUUCAAGCAAGAUUCGGCUUGAUUUGCAGUUUGAAAUAUGCCGUACAGAUAUUAGAAACAAUUGUUUUAAGGCCCUCAGUGGCCAUUAAAAAAUACCGUUUACCCACCGACAAUGUGAUCUGUCUAGAUUAAAAAGAUCAAAGUGUG